AUGGGCAGGGAUUCAUACAGCAUCGAGACUGUAGGAAUGUCUCAAAAUUAUAGUUUCAUCAAACAACAAGAAUAUUUCAUUUCACAGAAUUUGUCGGUUUUUUUGCGGAAAUUUUUUGCAGCAAUAACGGAAUAUGCGAAUGAAAAUCAUUUGGUAGGUUUGUCAUAUGGUUUAUGCAAGUUGGUCCAAUCCUAUCAACCAUCUCAAUAUCCAGAAGCGUGGAAUAUUAAUACAUUUAAUGACGUGUCUACUGGGCUUCUCACUGCAUUGAUUUCUAAAUGUAAUUGCUAUUGUUUUAAUAUAUUGGAAUUUACUCAUCUUCUCGAUAUUAUUGCUAGCUUAUUUGCGGGUAUUUGUGAAUUCCGUUUUAUCCAGACUGGUAAGAGAGAAGAAGAAAGUGGCUUCUCGUCACCCAAAUUAAUUGAUACCCAUAUUAUGGAUCAGUGUCUUAUUUUGCCACUAAGGGUGUUAAAUUUAUAUUAUUCAAUAAUAACUGAUCAGAAACAAAAUGUUACGAAUUAUUCAUCGUCAUUGCUUUCUCGUACUUCGUUAUCGCCGAUUCGUAAAGCUUUACCUGUAACCGGAACGGCAUCAGCCAAUGUUUCUCAACGGUCCAUAGCUAAUCUCGUAGGAACUUCAGUAAAGAUGUAUAAAGCUACGAGUUAUUUUCAUUCGUCUAGUUUGGAUCAUUUUUUUGACGCAUUGAAAGGCGCUUAUACCAAUUAUUUGAUCAGCCUCAACGAUGAAGCGAAGAAUCGUUUCUGUUCUCUUCUAAUUGCAGUAAUAUUUACGCAUCAACUUUAUUUGCAGAUACUUUUAUAUUGUGGAGUAUUGGUUGAAUUCGCUCCUGCUGAAACUGUUAAAAUUGUAUUGCAACUUUUUAAAAUUCUUUUCAGCGAUAAUUCUACAAUGCUAUCAAUUAAUGCUAUAAGGAAAAUUAUUACUUUUGAUAAAGCGAUUCCAAGAGGUGAAUUCUUCAAAGUUCAAACUGAUGCUUCAUUUCGAAUAAAAAAUAUUGAAAAAUCUUUUAUACGAGCUGCUGUCCGCGCACUCGCUGCUAUAUCCUUAAAAUCUUUUAUUGCGAAGAUGUCACUAUUAUUAAAGUUAGAACAAGGUAUUUUCAAUGUCGUGUUACAGUGGAAGAACAGUGGGAGAUGUGCCGGAUGGCUUCGAAAAGAUAUAUAUCAUAAAUCCAAUUCGUUAAGCACAUCCAUAAUAUCAGCGUACAUGGCAUCUUUUGAACCGUUCGUUUCGUUAACUAUUCGAUUAUAUCAAUCAGUUACUUCAUCUGUUGUUCAGUCAAAUAUUUUGAAUCUCAUGUGUGAACUGGUUCGUGGUGGCAUUAAUUUUCACCUCUUGGAUCCUGAAUCACAUCUGUUAAAUUUUGUAAUUGGUCAAGUUAGUGAUUUCGGAACGCUAAGCUGGUUAGCUGCUUCUGGUGGAGCAGAGGACUGUAUGUUUAUACGAUCGGUCUUUCAGUUUUUCGCCGUUCUUUCUCACAUUGAAUGUGGUGGACAUAUAUUAAUGGAAAAAAAUAAUAUGGUGAUCCUGGCUGAGAAUAUUCUAAAUGCAUCAAAAACUCGACCAGUCCUUUCUCUUUUUGCCUUGAAUUCUAUUCAUAUAGUAUUUCUUGAUAUUAUUGGAGUUCGCUAUCGCUUCGAUCCUUCUCUGUUGAAAGUUUUAAACAACGCUGCUAUUUUUUCACGAACUCAUCCAACAGAAUUGAUACAAAUUUGGGCACUGGCUAUCUACAGUUCUGCUAUCUUUGUUGAUAAAUCAUAUUUUAACGAUAUAUCCUUCUCAUUCUUCGAAACUUUGAAAACAAUGGAGACGAAGUGGACAGUAGAAACUGCUUUAAAUGUUAUCGUUGUUUUGCAGCUUUGUUCGUCAUCAAUAUUUCGUCCAGUCGAUGGAUUUUUCUAUAGAUUGAUGUAUUUCUUACGUGAUAGUAUUUUGGAUGGUUCCAAACGUUUGCUUUAUGGACUGCCUUAUUUUUUUAUUUUUUUUUGCACAUUUGAAGAAGAUGUAACAAUGCUUCGUAUUGAUCAGCUCUGCGAAUCUGCAGAUAGUACUAUUGCAAGUUUAUUUAUGGAUUUGCUUCGUGAUUGCUUAAUGGAAUUGCGUAAAUUUAUUCUGUUACAAAAUUUAACGAAUGGUGCAGAACUUGAAGAAUUAUUAGUCUUUUAUCUCCAAAUAUUAUCCUAUGCUGUUCGUUCAGCCAAAAUGAAAUGUAUUACGUCCAAGUUCAAAGAGAAUUUGCGAUUUAAUUUAUUAGAUGUUCAUGAUAUAUAUUUGCUUCAUACUUCAGUAUUCAUUCAAAUUCUUGCUUUUUGCAAUUCACUCAGGAUUUAUGAUGAUUCUUUAUUUUCUAUGGUACCUAAAGGCAUGAUUCGCCAUUUAAAUAUUUUAUUGCGUUAUCGAACAAGAUUUAACGAUGAUAUCAAUAUUGUUUAUCAAUUAAUUGAUGAAAGUUCUUCGAUCGAUUUUUCGAACGAAUUACGUGUUUGGUCAUCGAAUCAAUCACUAGAAAUUGAAAAUUGCCAAACACUUUUGAAAAAAUGCUUAUUACGAGCGAAAAACCUUUCAACGUAUAGCGAUUUCGACUUGUUUAUCAAUGGUAAUGGUAACAGUACUGAAGAAAAGGUUGACGAGAAUUUGCUAUGGUUUGUUUUUUAA